AUGCCUGCACUGGUCGACUUCCCUCUCAGAGGGCUAGCUCUCAUCGCCAAAUGCGCCUUCGAGCCCAUCGUUACCGGCCCUCUACUUGGCUUAUUGCUAUACGCCCCAGAGAAGACAUGGAGAUGCGCCUUGGAAGCAACAUCCCUUUCGCAUAUCGUCGAUGAAUACAACUUGCUCCGCGUACUGGGGUUUCUAGCUGCUAUCGGUAUAGUCAGGAAGACCAAUGCAGCUCUGAACGCGUGGGCAACAAACAACUGGCAAAUAUAUGCCGGUCGUGGCUGGUACUGGCCCACUGAAAUCGCAGUCGUCACUGGAGGAUGCAGUGGAAUUGGCAAAGCCAUCGCAGAAUCUCUCAAUUCUCACGGAAUUCGCGUGGCAGUGCUCGACGUGCAGGAUGCGCCCAAGGUAUCCGCAUCGAACAACUUGUCGACAUACUUCCGGUGCGACAUUUCCAGCCCUGAAUCGAUAGAAAAAACAGCCGAGAAGAUUCGCAAAGACCUUGGCAGUCCCUCGAUUCUCGUCAACAACGCCGGCAUCACGGGUUCUCACACCAUUUUGAAAACGCCAAGCGAAUUCCUCAGUCGUAUCUUCGACACGAACAUUCUUUCCCACUGGCGGCUAGUUCAACAGUUUGUGCCGGACAUGGUCGCAAAGAACAAAGGCCAUAUCGUAACAGUCGCGAGCGUCAACUCAUUCCUGACGAACUCGGCUAAUGCGGACUAUGUGGCAACCAAGACCGCGGCUUUGGCGUUCCAUGAGGGUCUUACGAGCGAGCUGAAAAUCUGGUACAAAGCUUCGGGUGUCAAGACUACGAUCGCGCAUCCGAGUUGGGUCCGCACGCCCCUGAUUGAGGAGAUGAUCUUGAGAAGUGGCCAAGACCCAAAGAUUUUCGAGAAGAUGUUAAUGCCAGAGGAAGUUGCUGAGGUCAUAGUGAGGCAGAUCAUUAGCAGGCGUGGUGCUCAGUUGUUCAUUCCUAGUAUCGCGGCGCCUAUCUCAUGGUUGAAAGGGUUGCCGAGCUGGGUACAGGAGCUUGUGAGAGACGCGUUUGGGAAAACGAGUGCUGUCACCAGUAGUUCGAUGAUCGCGUACUAG